AUGAUGAUGGAGAAGAGCAAAUCAUUUUCAGGUGGUUACUCGGAGAUGAGCAGGGCGGAAUUCGAGGACAAGUCGAAAUCCGACAGCUUCAAUGGCCCCACUAAUGCUGCUCUUGGUACGAGCGACAAGGCCGGUGAUUUCGCGGAUGAGAAUCCGGAGACGGAGAGGAGGAAGAGGGUAGCUCAGUACAACAUCUACUCCACGGAAGGUAAGCUCAAAUCUUCUCUCAGAAACAGCUUCAAGUGGAUCAAGAGCAAGUUUGUUGAUGACUACUUCCAGGAUUGA